CCAGUCCCUAAUCCUGAUUUGUGUUCACCCCAGGUCUCCUGUCUUCUCUGAGAAGAAAACAGCUUCAAGGGCCAGCAGCCCCACCUGGCCCCAGGUCCCUAAGGGUAGAGAUUCUUUCUCUAAUUCACUCCUAGCUUUAGGCAGAUAAAAGAGCAGAUUUACCCUCACCAGUUUUUCCUUGCUUGGUUUCAGCCUUUUUGAAUCUAAAAAAUCUAUUAAAAAGUUUCAAAAAAACAGAAGUAGCAAAAUGAAAUGAACGCUCAUGUCCCAUCAUCCAAUUUCAACAAUCAACUCAUGGCCGGUUCAUGGAUAGCAUGUCCAAUCUGUGUACAUACCUAAUUCAAGUGUCCUAUAAAAUUUUUACAGUUUGCAUCUGGAUCCAAACAAGGUCCAUUGUAGUAGGUGAAUGCUUCUUAAAUUUUAUAAACCACAGGUUCUGCUCAGUUCUUGCAAUGUUGAAGAAACCAGAUAUUUCUGUACAGUACAUAGUUUCCCUCCUCCGAAUUUCUCUUUCCCAGUGUUUCCUAUAAUGUGGUUAUAAGCUCUAAUAGCUUCUAUAGAUUUAUUUUAAAUAUUAGGAUUGACUGAUUCCUCACAAGGAUGAAUUAAUGUAAUUUUAGAGCAGGAUUGGAAAAGUGUUCACAUUAAAUGUAAAGCAGUAGCAUCAUUAACUUCUGAGAGAAUCCGGGAAAGGAAGUAGUCCUUAGAGUUACUUACUGAGAUUCAGGCCGCAGAGAAGUCUGCUUUAGGUUUAGGUAGAAUUAGAGAAUAUCAAUGAAUUUACACAGGCCGUGUUCACCUGGUUUUCUCGCCCUCUGGCAGAGUGAGGCUGUGCCCUGGGGUGGUGGAAUAGGCAUAACUUGUAUUGAGUUGCAAGACACGAGCAGAGCAGGCGAGCUUCCAGGCUGAGACCAGCCCAUAAAGGUUGGGAACCAUAAUAACCGCGGCUGCACAGAACUGCGCAGGGGGCUUCUGAAAGCUCGGGAACCAGCGUGAGUCAGCAAACAUCUCGGCUGGCUCCAAAAUGGACCCGCUCAGGCGUGCAGACUGGCAAGACCAGUGUGCCGGACCCACCGCCGGUCUCUCGCGCGGUUCCCACCCGCUGAACCUUGGACAUUCGAGCUCUCCGCCUUCCGGAUCUCCACCUCCCAGAAGGCAGCGAGGGCCGCACGUGCGGCUAAUUUCUCAGCGGAAAAGGCGUUGCGCAAGCGCAGAGAGCAGCUCUGGCGUAGACACAGUGGUGCUCGCGCACGGUUCUUUCGGCCCCGCCCACCGGGUUCGGCGCAAUCCACGCUUUACUUAUGUCACCACUACGCAUGCGCCAUGCAAGGAGGGACGCGCUUUGGGGGAAGGGCAGGGGUGGGCCUUGGCCGGGGUCUCACCGCGACUGCGCGGAAGGGAGCCGGACUGUAACAUGGCGACUUGCGCUGAAAUCCUGCGGAGCGAGUUUCCCGAAAUUGACGGACAGGUCUUCGACUACGUAACCGGCGUCUUGCACAGCGGCAGCGCGGACUUCGAGUCCGUGGACGACCUGGUGGAAGCUGUGGGGGAACUGUUGCAAGAGGUGUCCGGGGACAGCAAGGAUGACGCGGGCAUCAGAGCCGUGUGCCAGCGCAUGUACAACACUCUGCGCCUGGCUGAGCCGCAGAGCCAGGGAAACAGCCAGGUGCUGCUGGACGCCCCCAUCCAGUUGUCAAAGAUCACGGAGAACUACGACUGUGGCACCAACCUUCCAGGGCUGCUGAAGAGGGAACAGUCCUCGACAGUGAAUGCAAAGAAGCUAGAGAAGGCUGAGGCUCGACUAAAGGCAAAGCAGGAGAAACGUUCAGAGAAGGACACACUCAAGACCAGCAACCCUCUAGUCUUGGAAGAGGCAUCAGCCAGCCAGGCAGGCAGCAGAAAGGAGAGUCGGUUGGAAUCAUCUGGCAAAAACAAAUCCUACGAUGUGCGAAUUGAGAACUUUGACGUGUCUUUUGGCGAUAGGGUGCUGCUGGCUGGUGCAGAUGUGAACCUGGCAUGGGGCCGCCGCUAUGGGCUAGUGGGCCGGAAUGGGCUGGGGAAGACAACACUGUUGAAGAUGCUGGCCACCCGGAGCCUGCGAGUCCCAGCCCAUAUUUCCCUGCUGCACGUAGAGCAGGAGGUUGCUGGAGAUGACACCCCUGCCCUGCAGAGUGUGCUGGAGAGUGACACUGUACGAGAAGACCUCCUGCAGCGAGAGCGGGAGCUCAGUGCCCAGGUUGCUGCUGGCAGGGCCGAGGGCUCAGAAGCUGCACAGCUGGCAGAAAUCUAUGCCAAACUGGAGGAGAUUGAGGCUGACAAGGCACCUGCCAGGGCAUCAGUCAUUCUUGCUGGACUUGGCUUUACCCCUAAAAUGCAGCAGCAGCCCACCCGGGAGUUCUCAGGUGGCUGGAGGAUGAGACUGGCCCUGGCCCGGGCCCUGUUUGCUAGGCCAGAUCUUCUGCUGUUAGACGAACCCACAAACAUGCUGGAUGUAAGGGCCAUCCUAUGGCUGGAGAAUUACCUGCAGACGUGGCCCUCCACAAUUCUGGUCGUCUCCCACGACCGAAACUUCCUGAAUGCCAUAGCCACAGACAUCAUCCACCUGCACAGCCAGCGGCUAGAUGGCUACCGGGGAGACUUUGAGACCUUUAUCAAAAGCAAGCAGGAGCGACUACUCAACCAGCAGCGUGAAUAUGAGGCACAGCAGCAGUAUCGCCAGCAUAUCCAGGUUUUCAUUGACCGUUUCCGCUACAAUGCCAACAGAGCCUCUCAAGUACAGAGUAAACUCAAGAUGCUGGAGAAGCUGCCAGAGCUGAAACCCGUGGACAAGGAGCUGGAAGUAGUGAUGAAGUUCCCUGAUGGGUUUGAGAAGUUCUCACCACCAAUUCUGCAACUAGAUGAGGUGGAUUUCUACUAUGAUCCUAAACACGUCAUCUUCAGCCGUCUCUCCGUCUCUGCUGAUCUUGAAUCCCGCAUCUGUGUGGUUGGGGAGAAUGGGGCUGGGAAGUCUACCAUGCUGAAGCUGCUUAUGGGGGACCUAACACCUGUUCGAGGCAUCAGACAUGCUCACCGGAAUCUGAAGAUUGGCUAUUUCAGCCAGCACCACGUGGAACAGCUGGACCUGAACGUCAGUGCUGUGGAGCUGCUGUCACGCAAGUUUCCUGGACGGCCUGAGGAGGAGUAUCGUCACCAGCUGGGCCGGUAUGGCAUCUCUGGAGAACUGGCUGUGCGCCCUGUUGCCAGCUUGUCUGGGGGCCAGAAGAGCCGGGUAGCCUUUGCUCAGAUGACUAUGCCCUGCCCCAACUUCUACAUUCUGGAUGAACCCACAAACCACCUGGAUAUGGAGACAAUUGAGGCUCUUGGCCGUGCUCUCAACAAUUUCAGGGGUGGCGUGAUUCUGGUAUCCCAUGAUGAGCGCUUCAUCAGGCUGGUGUGCCAGGAGUUGUGGGUGUGCGAAGGAGGCGGCGUCACCCGGGUCGAGGGGGGAUUUGACCAGUACCGUGCUCUUCUCCAGGAACAGUUCCGCCGUGAGGGCUUCCUCUAGGCCCAACAAGCUGAGGGCUAUGCCCAGGACAUGGACUGGUCUCCCAGACCCCUGGGCCACCACAUAGGCCACGGACCUCCCCUGACUUUGGGGACAGCCUUAUUCCCAAAUCUCUCCUUUUGACUGGAGCAUGCUCUGCACAAUCCAGAGAACCACAUCUUAGGGUCUGUGAGGACUGGUCUUCUAAGUGGAAGGGGUAGGAGGGUACCCUCUGGGGUUAUAGUUCCUCCACUGCCCCAGCUCUGACUGGGCCCCAAGUGGCUGCUGUGUAAAUUAAAUCUUCUUGCCUCAUCUCUGCUGUUCCCUGGCAGGGCUGCAGUGUGUUAAGGGGUGUGGGCUCUCUGAUUUGUUAUUCUCCUGUGACAUUUGUAUCAAUCACAAAGAGGAGGUUAUAGCAUCACCAGCCUGGAAGGAGACAUCACUAAAGCCGCUGGGGCUCAGAGGUCACCUGCCUGACCUUGCAGUGGGCUGGGCUGUUGAAUGAAGGGCAGUGUGUUACAUCACUGUGGUGCUUGUCCCUGUAGCGUGGGCUCGGCCUCACUGCUUAAGAGAGUGAACUGAUUCUGUAAUCCUGCAGCUUAAGACAUGGUUUGUCAUCUGCUUUCUCCCGUGGUCUCUGGCCCAGGCUCACCCUGCUUCUCUGGUCUGGACCUUCAGAAGGGUCUGAAGAGAAAUUGUCUUUGUCCCUGUUUUGCUUGGGCGGUUUCUUUAUUUUUCCCUCUAACCAUGUAAGAGGGGCCUGGGAAGAAGUUGAAAAUGGGAAGAAAUAGAGCACUUUGUUUUCAAAUUAAGCAGUCUUAAGUGUGGGGUGGGAUGUUUCACUGUUGGGGUCCAGCUCCCCACAUUUCACAGAGGUAAUAGAAUUUAUAAAUAUUGCUUCUCGAGGGCUCAGCUGCUAUAUGUAAUUGUUAUACAGAAGACACUGACAUAGAGACAUUGUGUUGCUCUCCGUGAUGAUGGAGGAAACCAGUCAACAGAAGCAACUUGCUGGUUUCAUGGAGAAUUAUAGUCACAAAGCUCAACCAAGGAAUGUUAACUCAGCUGGUGAGGUUAUUAUAGUGCAAGUAGGUGGAGGGAGAUACCUGUUUUUGGAGUAAAGGAGAAUAAAGACAGGAAGUCUCUGCUGAUUUACUAUAGAACAGGCAGUGAUGGAUGAAUGAAAACAGCAGAAGAGCCACUAAUCAGCCUGCUUCCUCAGCCUCUCUCACUCCCUUUCAGAAGUCCAGAGGAGAGGUUCUUCCAACUGUGUGUGGCUUUGUGAAUCCUCAUGCUCCUAAGAGCCUUCUCACAACCCCCAUCACUUCUGCCAACCUCAGACCUGCAGAUGGGCCAGUCAGGGGCCAUCUGGUGUGUGAUUUGUGUCUACCUGUUUGCCAGGCUCAGCCCCUUCACCUCACACAAGCUUGUGAAUCCUGAUAUGAGUUCUCCCAAGUCCUUAAAGUUGUGGGAGUGCAGCUGAAGGGCUCUGACAGAAUCUGCUGCUUUUGGAGGUAGGUGACUUUAUACAAAGAGCACUGGAGUUGGGCCUAAGAUCAGUCCCAGUGCCAUUACUGGUGAUAGAAGGAGUCACCAGACUAAGAAAUACUAGCUGUGUAAGGAAUCACUUAACCUUUUUGAAAACCACUGCCUGGUUUCUUGAUAGGAUUGUGUUGAGGAUUAGCUGACAAGCACAUUAUGCAUGUGAUUCAUAAAGUGAUUUUUUUGUCUGUGGCCAGUCUGAUUUGAAGGGAAGGACGAUCAUGGGAAAAGCAGAUUUUCUGAGUGAUUCCAGAGGUGGACAAGUUUGGGUUCGAAGGAAGGAAAAUUUGUAAUAGUUCAGGUUGCCUCCUGAGAGUAAGUUUCCAGUCUCUGGGACUGUUCAGCCCUGCCAGGCUCUCAAGAAGACCUCUUUCAGGUUGGUUUCCAAUGUCAUGAUUCCAUGAACAAAAUAGGAAGAGCCUGUAUAUGACAGUACAGGCCUACAUAUCAGGCCUUGAGAAAAUGAAUUGUAGCAGCUGAGAAAGACUACAUUAAGGUUUGGGUGAACUUCUGGAGGUUAAAAGAGGAGAGCUGGCAGAAGAUAGUUGUCUUGAGGGAAAAUAGAGACAAUGUCAACUCCAUUCCAGAAAGCACAGGGCGGAGAGAAAUUUGAUAUGCAUGAGUAGGAAGCCACCCUUGAUCACAGACUGCCCAUCACAGUAGCCACCCCUUUCACACUGGAGAGCCCAUAUAACCCAACCAUUGGGAAGCUGGUCCUUCCAACUGCUGAGGUUGGAGCUGCCCUGCUGACAUCAGGCUAAGUUCUCACUGUUUUCCAGGCAAAUUUUAGAAUGGAAUAGGGGAAAAGGUGCCGUUUACCCUUGCUGGCUAUGCCCCAGGUUAAUUUGUCAUUUUAGAAUGUAAAAUUCUAGUAAAAGCCACUCCACAGCCUAGGCCUGGCCCGUCCACAGGUGCAAGCCAAACAACACCUCCAGCAUCAUCAGCUUAUGGGUCUGCACCAGCCUGAACAUGCAGACUGGAUUAUGGAACCUGGGGAAAUCCCAGCGGGCUAGCAGGCUGGGUUCACAACCUGGCUGAAGGGCCUCUAGGGUUCCCUGAACCUGGAGCCAUUGACUCCCUUCAACCUAGCCUCCCUCCAACUGGGCUUCAUUGCACUUAGUGCUUCCCACAUUAUAAACUGCUUGCCAUUAUUAAAGUUGUAGAUCCCACUUUGCCUUGUUAACCUAGAAGGCCAGACCAUGGCUUGCUCGUCUUUGUGUCUUAUGUGCCUGCCACAGGUUGGGUUCCCUGGGAAGCAGUGUGAAGAAAUCAUCAUGCAGGGUGUUUAUGGGGAUAUGCUGCUGGGACCAAUACCGGGAUUGAGCAGAGGGAGAAAAUGGGCAGCAUUAAAGCCUCAGCCCCACAUUCUGGAGCUGGGUAACUCUGCAGAGUUGUCCUGAGUUGAGGCAAUGGCUCAGGCAGGCCUUUAUCUGCUGAGUUCACUAGUCUUUGAAUGCUGGCUGCUACCAGAAGAUGUGAAGUUGAGAAAGGAAGUUUUCUUCAGCUGAGACAAUUCCCCCAAAGGGACUGACAGCUAAGGACUUUGCCAUCAGCACUCUGCAGCUAAGGCAGCAAGUCCAUUCCUGAAAGGGCGUCCGGGCAGCUCAUCACAGCAUCUACAGUGCCUAGCCUAUAGACAUGUGCUCAAUAAAAGUGCUUGAGAAAUGAGUAUUUGGGGGAGAUUAUUUGAGAAAAAGUAGAGAAUAAUAUUGGAAGAGGAAAAGGGGAUAAACCAAGAAACCAGCCAGAAGGUCAUAAUCAAAAUCCAGUCCUAAGGGCACGGGGUCAGCACAGUGCAGGUGGAGACAAGGCUAGGGAGGAUGGUGCGCAAACUCGGCAAGGGGCUGCCCGCCCUGCCCAAACAAGGAAGGACUCCUUUUUCUGGGCCAGUCUUGAAAGCUUAGGGACCUAAGGAACAGGUUUAUUAGUAAAGGGAACCUUUUUGUUUUUAAACCUCACCUUGUUUCCUUUUAAGACAAUGCUAAGGAAUAAUGACAGUACUAAAUAUUUAUUGAGCUCUUACUGUGCAAUAGGGACUUUUCUAAGUGCUUUGCCCACACUCACUCAGUCCAUCUUCACAAACCUGUUAUUCCCAUUUCACAGAUGAGGAAACAGGAAGUUGACAUAGUGGGUGGCAGGACUGGGAUCCGGGCCAGUCUGGUUCUAGAGUGCAACCUUCACUGUCAGGCUGUACUACCGCUCAGCUCCUCGUGUGACCUGCUCGAUGGUUUUGUUCAUUCCGUCACUUAAAACUCAUCAAUUGCAUGGGGCAGGGUGGGAGGUAGGGGGUUUGAACAAGCUCUCAGGAGAGCAGGCUGAUGAGUAGGAGUACCUGGCAUUGGCUGACACGCUGGGUGGUCAGUGAAGUUGUUUGUUAAAUUAAUAAGAAAAAAACGUGGAAAAGUCAUGCACUGGAAUUAGCACAGCUCUCCCACUAAUGGCAUCUUGGGCAAGUCAACCUCUCCUGAGCAAAUUAUCCUUAUCCAUAAAACGGGUGUAACCCAAUUUGUCUUGCCUGCUUCUUUGGGUAGUUGGAAGGAUUAAAUGAAACAAAGCCCCGUGUAAGCUGAACAAAUAUUUUUGUGAACUGUAAAGAGCUGUGGAUCCAAAGGGUGUCAUUUUCAUGGAUGGAAUGAGGGGGCGGCAGCCUGGGGCCUCCUCUGGAGACACAUAGACUACCACGUGUACAAACACUCCAGGCCAUCAUCAAGAUGAUUGCCCCAGGAGGGCCAUCCACAGCCCUCAUCUGCUGAGCCAAGCAUCAGAAAGUGUGCUUGCAGGAGCGCAGCAUGAGACUGCCUGGCACCUGCUGAGUUACAUGGGGUAAGGUAGAAAUCAUGCAAUUUAAGCCCAUUCUAAUAAUAUGUAUAGGUCAUGUCCUGUUGGUAAUUCUAGGUUUCAUUUUCUUUAUGUUAAAUAAAUGGAUGGUUUGGA